UUUAAUAAGUGCACAUAGACACACAUUCAUUUAAAGAAACAUAUCAAACAAUUAAGCAAAUAUAGUAUAUAUGAGAAAAUAAUUUGUUCUGCUGAUGUUCCACUCCUACAAAUGUUGCAAUGUGUACUUUUUAUAAAGACAGUUUCACAAGGAAGUGACACAACAGAGGAAAUGUGAAUGUUUUACAAGAGAUCGGCAAGUUCUUAUUAUUGAAGUUUCUCAGAGCAAUCUGAAGAAGUUCACAUGAGAAAACGAUCUUUAUAACACACAUUAAAAAUGCAUAUCGUCUCAAGCUGUAUAAUCCUCUUUAUGAUGAUAUUAAAUAUUUUGUGUCAAGGUGAAUUAAACAAUGACUGGAACAUCAGCUUUACUCCAGCAGAAGUGACUGCAGUGUCAGGAUUAUGUGCUCACAUUUCAUGUACCUUCACUUAUCCAAACACAGCAGUGCCUAAUAACCUGCUGUUGUGUAAAGACAGAAACCAAUGUAAUGAAGCACAAGCAGUUCAGAAAACAAAAUAUAAGAUGCUUGAACCUGAUCUAAACAAAAAGAACUGCAGCAUCAUUAUAAAAAAUAUCAAGGCAGAGGAUGAAAGAGAAUUUAAGAUCAGAGUGGAGGGAGCUCAGUCAUACACAUACAACCCCAGAUUUAAAAUCAUCAUUGAAGAUACGCCUGUAAUAAACAUUCCUCCUCUGAGAGAAGGACAUGAGGCAAAUCUGAGCUGUUCAGUGCCAUUUCCAUGCCCUGAAACACCUCCUGAAAUCACAUGGUGGAUCAAGAAAAAAAGAGGAAACUUCACUGAGCUAAAGGAAAACAUCACAUUGACAGCCUUCAAGAGUUUCUCAACUUUGACCUUCAUGCCUACUUCUGACUUACACAAAGCUACUGUCAAAUGUGAAGCAACAUAUAAAGACAUCAAAACCAUCAAGCACAGGAUGACCAUAGAAGUUAUGUAUGUGACUCUCAGAAUUCUGGGUAAUGACGAAGUGAACGAGGGCGAUACUCUCAGCCUCAACUGCACUGUUGACAGUCACCCACCAUCAUCUCAUCCUGUAUGGAGUUUUAAUGGAAACACAGAAAAACUCAAGAAUCACAUUUCUGCUGAAUCUCUCACUAUUACAAAUGUCAGCAAGCUGCAUGCAGGAGAAUAUGUCUGUGAGGUGACAUAUAGAAAUGAGACUUUAACCAAAUCUCUCAACAUCAAUGUCAUUCAAAAACAUGGGACAAUUGGCCCAGACACGGAUGGACAAAACCGGACUGGUAAAACUAUAGAUCCACAGAAUGUCACCGGAAACAUCACAGGUGUAGAUAACAGGAGCCAAAAUCAAUCUGCAGGUAUACAAGAUUUUUUUAAGAAUCUGGAGCUGUCAACAAUACUCACGUUUUUGGCGGGAAUGGCAACUUCAGCAGUCAUCUUCUCUGUGGCGUUGUGUUGUUGGGUGUCUUACAACAGAUCCAAAAAAACUGAAGUGCUGGCCGCACCCCCAGACUCUGCAGCUCAUUUGGAGACGGUGCAGACGAACAUAGAUUCGGCUGUGACUGGUGAACAGACCAAUGAAGAGACGCCUCUUCAAAACCAAUUUGCUUUAGAGAUGUCAAGCACACAGGUGGAGAUGACAGGUCCAGCAGAGGACAGUGAAGCAGGUGGGGCAGAUGGAGAUGUUGAUUAUGCCACAAUCGAUUACUCGCUUCUGAAGAAGAAAACACCUGAAGAGAAAGUGGAGGAGAUAGCGAACACAGACUAUGCCGAGAUCAAAAGGGUUACAAAAGGAAGAAAAGCCCCUCAGAAUCAAGAUGACCAAGUUGAAAUGUCUAACGAAGGAUCCGAAAACCAAAAGCAGAAUGAGUGCGAGGAGGAGCUUUAUUCAAAUUCUCAAGCAGUGAAAGGUUUGGCAUAAGGAAGUAUGCAGUAAGCAAUGCGUUUUGUGAACUUUGAAAAGCAUUUCCCAUUUAUUUUCAAAUGUCUUAGAUGUGCAUUUACUGUAAGGAUAUGUUAAAGGGGACAUUUCACAAGACUUUUUUAAGAGGUCAAAUAAAUCUUUGGUGUCUCCAGAGUACAUAUGUGAAGUUUUAGCUCAAAGUAUGAUAUAGAUAAUUUAUUAUAGCAUGUUAAAAUUGCUUCUUUGUAGGUGUGUGCAGAAAUGUGCUUUUUUGUGUGUGUCCUAAAAUGCAAAUGAGCUGAUCUCUGCACUAAAUGGCAGUGUUGUGGUUGGAUAGUGCAGAUAAGUGGGCGGUAUUAUCCCCUUCUGACAUCACGGAGAGCCAAAUUUCAUUUUUUUCACAUGCUUGCAGCGAAUGGUUUACCAAAACUAAGUUACUGGGUUGAUCUUUUCACAUUUUCUAGGUUAAUAGAAGCACUGGGGACCCAAUUAUAGCAUUAAAACAUGGAAACAUUUUCAUGAUAUGUCCCCUUUUGUUUCACCCAAAAAACUAAAAACUUUGACAUUAUUUACUUUUAAAGUGUUGUUUUUGGUUUUCUGGUUAUUAGUGGUUGGUGACAGAGGCGUACCUUACAAAAAACCCAACAAGCUUUAAAAUAACAAAAAAAGUGUUAAAUAAACUCCAUUUGACUUGCCAACAAACUGGUGUCUAAGGCAGGAUUAAGCAGAUUUAAAGCAAAAGCAUUUGAUGAACAUAUAAUAUGUACGAGAGCAUUCGGUUAAUAUCAUUCAUAGCUUAUUUUUUGACGGAGGUGGCAUUUAGUGGCUUUUGCAUCUGAGCUUCUCGACUUUAUUGUUGUAGCACUGUUGAUUAAGUUAUUACACAUUAUGUAAAAUUAAACAUCCUAAAACUGCCUAAACCAGUGCUUCCCAAACUGUGGACCGUCCCGGUUCUUUAUAUGCUAAAUAAAAUAAUUAAAAUAUUCUAAUUGUUCUGAAAUGUGAUUAUGUCCCUCACUAUUACAUAAACAUAAAGCAUAUACAUUUUUUCCAUUAUAGUGAGGUGAGAUACGCAGCUUUUAUAAGGUUUUAGACUUAAAUGAAUUUAGUAAUUCAUUGCAAUAGUUUUGUGAAUUUUAUGUAGGUUUGUUACACAUGUUGAUGGAUUAUAAUUGUAAAUAUUAUGCAGAAAGUAUUUAGUGUUAUGAAUUUUAAUAUAUUUGAAAAGAAUGUUUAUGUCAUCUUUCACCAGAAUAUAAAAAUAUUUCUCAUAAUUCUCAUGCGAUUCUUAAAAACUAGUUAAUAAAUGUGAAUAAUAUAUGUUACAAAAAAAUAUGAUUAAUUUAUUUGUGUCCAUGGCAUGAAAUUCAGCUUUUUUCAUGCCUUGAGCACGACUUUCUUGUUCGUGUCAUUUUAUGUAUUGUUUUCUCAUUGUUUUUCCUAUUUUCUUACCAUUGUCGCUUGAGGUUAGAAUCACUUUCUGUUACAUUUUUAGACAUCCUAACCCAAACCCCAACUCCAGGCGAGAAUAGUUUUAAAAGCAGAAGGAAAUCAUGUACUGUAGAAACCAAUACAUAAAAAUACAUCUUAACCAAACCCCAAACCUAACCCCAACCCCAAGCGAAAAUGAUUUAAAAAUAACGAAAAAGACAUCUGUGCUCAAGGCAUAAAAAAGCUGAAUUUCAUGCCAUGGACAUGAAUAAAUUAAUCAAAUUUUUUGUGACUAUAACACAACUUUCCAUGAGAUCAUGUUGUUGUUUUUUUAUAUCACAUGCAUCUUAUCUUGUGUUUGAUUGGAAAAAAAUGCAAAAUUCAUAAUUUUUCAGUUUAAUAAAAUGUUUAAAUUAGAUUCAUUAUUUCAUUCUUUGCGGUCAACAUGAAGGACAUACUGUAUAUCACAUAUAUGUAACAGAUGGCUAGUAGUCAGAUCGAGGUCAUUUCUGGAUUGUAACAGCUUUAAAACUGUGACUUUAGAUAACCAGGUCUCCGAGCAACACACUCACCCAAGAUCUCAGACACAGCAGGGUGGCACAAACUAUAUGUCUCUGCUGAGACCACGGAUAAAGAUCACAAUAAGCUGUUUAAAUGUAUAUAUUAUAUAUCCCUUUACUGCAUGAUCGUGUAUAUGCGAUAUCACUGUGUGUUAACACUUUAGUUACAGUAGGUUGUUCACUGUAGCAUGGUUUAUAUCUUAGGUAUGAGAUUAUUAUUCAAUUAUUAUUCGAUCUUAAACCCAUGCCUUGACUAGCCUCAAAUUAAUCAACUUUUCAUUUCCUGAUCAUUGAUAUGUAUCAUGUUACUAUAAGCAGCAUCAAAUUCAUUUAAUUCGAAAUAUUUUCGAAACAAACUUUAUCAUUAGGCAACCAUGCAAAUGUGGUGUCUGGAAAGGCUUGUUUCCCGUGCGAUUGACC